AUGCACGGCGUCCUGGGGAGCACGACCCUUGUGGGCUGGAUUGCAGGCGUCGCUGUGGCCAUCCUGCUGCUGCUGCUGCUGCUGGCCACCUGCCUUUUCCACAGACGGCAGGCCCAGGAUGUGGAGAGGAACCAUCCGACUGCAAGGGGAAACCGAGUCCGUUUGGCCCAGCCUUGGUUCUUCCGGGGCCAGGGCCGGGGCCAUGGAAGACCCUUUCACCACCAUCAUCAUCCUGGCCAUGUGUCUCACAUGCCCAGUGUGGGCCUCCAUCACCACCGCCACCACCACCCCCUCCACCAGGCUCACCGAGGCCGCCGCUGAUGCCUGUGGAUCAGUGGACUCUGAUGUUUUCGUGUAGAGGGAUGCAUCUCUGGAGUGAAUGAGGGAACUGUGACAUGGGUCCUGCUCGGGCUCAUUUGCAUACUACACCGCAGUGUACUGUGCAUUUGGAGGACUGAGGAACACCUGGCGUGGCCCUGUGGACAAUGGAGGGUUUGGGGGUUGAGAGCCAGGGUGGUCCUUUGUUGCUGGAUAUCCCACCAUGUGACUGUAACUCCCAGUGGCCCUAGAAGUGACAAGGUGUGUCUGGACAGAGCCAGCACACAGGUGGAUGUAAAGUCUCACCUUCUGACUUCCUCAUGAGGCAGCUGCAGGCCUCUGGCAGGGGGUAGCUUGGAAGGACCCUGAGAAAGCCCCUGGGUUUGGAGAAGGCAGUAUGGGGCUGCACAGUCAAUUUGUUGGUGCAUUACUGCAAGAAAAU